GGUUUGUGGGGUAUUGUAGCUCUUAAAGAUACAAUUAAUGAAGACCAUUCCUUUUGCUGCACUGUGCUUAUAGGCUGCUUUCCUUCACUUGCAAAGAAAGUAAAACAUAAAUAUUGCCCAGCAAAUGUUGGAUUUAUUUGUGAACAAUUUUCCAAUUAUUUAUGAAGAAAGUAGUUUUUCAUACAAUGUUCACGGUUUACUUCAUGUAAAAGAGACGAUUAAGCAAAUCGGAGAUCCGGUUUCAGGCUCUUCUUACGAUUUCGAGAACUAUUUACAAACUCUUAAGAGAUUUGUCCGAAAGCCGACACAAAUAUUACAAGAAAUUUAUAGGAAGAUUGUUGAGGAUAGUGGGAUUUGAGUGGACAAUGAUCCCGUAAAUUUAGAAGGUAGUGUUUUGAAGUUGAAGGUAUGUACGCUUUGAAAUAAAAGGCCAGAUAGUUAUUGUUAUGUACUAGAACACAUCCCGAUAGUCCUUAGGCGUAUUUUUCAAUAUGAAUUGGGCAUACCUUAAACGACGGCGUUUAAGUUUGUUUAGAAGAUUCACCUGCCUCGGUUCGAUGACCGAAAAGAAAACGUAUUUAAUUAAAGUAUAAUAAGAAAAACAGAUAAAAUACAAUAUCAUAUUUAUAGUUCUUUUAAGAUGUCUGAAGAGCCGACAACUAGCCAAAAGCUCACCCAAUUUGUUUUCUCCCUUGAGGAGGAUGAUCUUGUGAUAGAAACCCGGCCACCCCCGACAAUUAAGGACCAAUUGACCGAGAUCUGCCAAAAAAUUCGUUUUUUGGAGACGGUGUUGGAGGCCAACACGAAGAAGCUGGCGAAGACGGCCGAGAUCAGCCAAAAAGUUCGGUCAUUGGAGACGGUAAUGGAGGCCAACACGAAGCAGCUGGCGGAGACCACAAACCAGGUUGCGAGGAUGAUGGCCUUGUUGGAGAUUUUCGUGAAGGGGAAGGCGAAGAAUGUGGCUGUGGAAGUGGCGUUCCCAGACACAUCGGAGGAAGACCUGGUGGCUUUAGAUCAGAACAUAAGCUCAGGGUCCCAAGAACGCUACAUGGAAGCAAUAACAAAAAUUUUAAAGAGCAACCAUUUGUCCAAGACAAUAAAGGGCGUUUUGUCAGAAACGCUCUUGUGCGCCUACAACAUAGACGGCCUAAACGGGAAAAAGUCUUUAAAAGCAUUUCCCAAAUUCUUUUCCGUUCUGAUUGGUAUGUAUAUUUGUUAUUUUGCUAUAAUCUAAUAAUAUUAUUAUUAAAUUACUUUUCGUUACAGAAAGCAUAAGCACAUUAGAAGGCCUUGGCCCACGCACUGGCAUGUGUAAAAAAUAGUGCUAACAAAAAAGAAAAAAAUUAGUA